GACUGUAACCUCUCAGAGAGAAGCUGUGAAGCUCUGUCCUCAGUUCUCAGCUCCCAGUCCUCCAGUCUCAGAGAACUGGACCUGAGUAACAACAACCUGCAGGAUUCAGGAGUGAAGCUUCUCUCUGCUGGACUGAAGAGUCCAAACUGCAACCUGGAAACUCUCAGCUUAUCAGGCUGUUUGGUCUCAGAGGAAGGCUGUGCUUCUCUGGCCUCAGCUCUGACCUCCAACCCCUCCCAUCUGAAAGAGUUGGACCUGAGCUACAAUCAUCCAGGAGACUCAGGAGUGAAGCUGCUGUCGGCUGGACUGAAGGAUCCACACUGGAGA